AUGUCUCGUUAUCGCGGACCUCGUUUAAAAAUAAUAAAUCGUCUCAAAACUUUACCAGGACUAAGUAAGAAAACACCCAAUAGAACGGAACAGCCUAGUAAAAAAAAACAUUCUAAACCUCCUAAACCUUCUAAAUAUCCUGUCCGUCUAAAAGAAAAACAAAGAUUACGUUUUCAUUAUGGACUUACAGAACGCCAAUUACUUCAAUAUGUUCGUAUUGCUAGAAGAGCCAAGGGAUCAACAGGUCAGGUUCUAUUGCAAUUACUUGAAAUGCGCUUGGAUAAUAUCCUUUUUCGAUUGGGUAUGGCGCUUACCAUUCCUGAAGCCAGACAAUUAGUCAACCAUAGGCAUAUCCUGGUCAAUGAUCGUAUAGUAGAUAUACCAAGUUAUCGUUGCAAACCCCAAGAUUUUAUAUCUAUAAAGGAUAAACAAAGGUUGAGAGAUAGAAUUAAUAACAAUAUAGAUAUUUUUCAGAAGGAUAAGAUGAGGGUGCCACCCCAUUUAAAUCGUAUUAAAAAAAAGUCACAAUAUAGUGGAUUAGUUAAAAAAAUAAUAGAUAAUAACCGUAUCGGUUUGAAGAUUAAUGAAUUAUUGGUCGUAGAAUACUAUUCCCGUCGAGUUUAA